AGGCGAAUCUACUCGAAUACGAUUUAAUUUACCGGCAGCUACGAGUGGAUUGACCAGAAAAUGCUGAUCAUAGUUUAUUUACUGCUGAUGCUUGGAGUGGGGCGAUGCACACACGAUCAGAUCUUGGAGACAAACACUGUUGGUGUUGGGAAAGAUGUGACUUUGACUUGUUCACGCCAGAAAUCCUUGGAUCCAACACACAUGUUCUGGAUCAGGCAUGGUCCUGGAAACAUCCCUGAAGUCUUGGGAGGAACAUUUUCUUUUGAUUAUGAUGGUGUUAACAAUACUACUCGCAUUGCAGCAAAACAAGGGUCUGGAACCUUUCUCCUGCAAAUAAGAAAAACAGAGCCAAGCGAUACUGGAGUUUACUACUGCCUAAAAGUAAACAAACUUGACAUGACAUUUUUUAAUGCAACAUUUCUGAGAGUUAAAGGCCCUGAACCAGAUAUCACUGCCAUUGUUCAAGGCCAUCAGUCUGAUCCGGUCCUUCCAGGAGACUCGGUGACUCUGCAGUGUACAGUCUUCUCUGAAUCUCAGAGCAGAACGUGUCCAGGAGAAACCAGAGUGUACUGGUUCAGAGCCGGAUCAGAUGAAUCUCAUCCCAGUCUCAUUUACAGCCAUAAAAACAGCGGAGAUGAUUGUGAGAAUAGUCCUGAGGCUAGCUCUCCACGGAAAUGUAUCUACAACUUCUCUAAAAACGUCAACUCCUCUGAUGCUGGGACUUAUUACUGUGCUGUGGCCACAUGUGGGGAGAUAUUAUUUGGACAUGGAACAAAACUGGACAUUGAAGCACCUAAGUUGUGGGAUCAGCAGGCCAUCGUAGUUCUGCUUCUGUUAGCUGCUGCUUUUGCUAUAAGUCUGAUUGUGAUCGCCUUCCUGAUUCAUAAUAUCGAGAUGAAGACUUGUGAGUGUUGCAACGCUUCUCUUUCUCUCCAAACAAAUCCCGUACCAGCCAGCGGUGAUCAGCAGAGGCAGCAGAGAGAGGAGGACUCAAUAACUUAUUCUGCACCAACUUUCACGAAGAGGAAAACUGGCAGAGCAGACAGGAAGAAUACAAAAUCAGCAGAGGGAGAGACGAUCUACACCGAUGUCAGGUCUUUAGUGAUGGACUAACAAUAUACUGGACUUUCUGAUUAAAGCUUACUGUUGGGGAUAUAUCUUCCUAGGCCCUAUACCUUUGACCCAGUCAGUUUGUACUGCCCUCACUGAGCAUAGGCCUGCAACCUUGGGCUGCUGUGCUCUCAGUGUUUUGUCUCCCUAUUCCUGCCUGUUGGCGUCAGCUGAAAGAGGUGUUUUAGUGCUUUGCCUGUUUUAUCUUGUUAUGCUCAAUAUUGAUUAUUCUCUCAGAACCAGCUAAAUACAUGGGUCUAGGGUAGAGAUCUUCAGAAUUGGUUUGGCAACCGCUGUGUCACCUCGUGGUGGCAACACGUCUUGUCAGUUCUCCGGCCGUAACUCCAUAAUAAACCAUCAGUGUUUGCCAUUAAAGUUCCAGCUCACCCAGUGUC